UUACAUCCUAACACGAAGUGCUUAAGUAACUUCAACAUGUCAGCCUCCAUAGCACGGGCGACAGUAAGGGCGGUUAGUAGACGGAAAAUACUGCCAACAAGAGCCGCUUUAACCCUGACGCCUUCAGCUGUGAAUAAAGUCAAAGAGCUCUUACAGAAUAAACCAGAAUAUAUCGGCCUGAAGGUUGGUGUUCGAACCAGAGGUUGCAAUGGCCUCACUUAUACACUUGACUAUACUAAAGAGAAAGACAAAUCAGACGAGGAGGUGCUGCAAGAGGGCGUGAGAGUGUUCAUCGAGAAGAAGGCCCAGCUGACGCUACUCGGCACAGAGAUGGAUUUCGUCGAAACGAAGCUUUCCAGCGAGUUUGUAUUCAACAAUCCUAACAUCAAAGGGACGUGUGGUUGUGGAGAAAGCUUCAACAUGUGACCCUUGACCCUUCCAGAACAUCCCAUCCAGUCAAUCCUAGAUUGGAGAAAGAGACUGAUGCUUCAGUUCCUGCGCUGCCACCAGUCGCCUGUACACACUUUGAGCAGCUUGAUAUUUAUUUUCUGUGUGCCUGUAUGUCAUGCAGCUCAGAGAGUUAAAACUGCACCCCAUUGCUUUGUUUUUUUCUCAGAAAGUUGUGUACCGUUUAGUCGCACCGACACGUUCAUAUUUAAUAAUCGAGUUAUUGUUUUGCUGAAGCUUAUCCCGAUGAGCCGAAGCUGCUGAAUGCCGUCACAUGACCUCACAGCGCCGGCCUAAAUCUACAACACAACACAAGACACUCGCAGUUGCAUCCUCAUGGUUGUUUUGUGGAUUGUGGAUCAGCAGUUCAAAUCUGUAACAAUCUACAUAAUAAUAAAAGAUUCAUCUGCCUGGUGGAUGUUCAUUUUAAUAAACCUGCUACUUUUUGCCCCAUUAUGUGCAGCACAGGAACUGAUGCAAGUUUUAAAAUGCAAUUGAUUGACUUGAACUAGUUUUAUGUUGAAGUAUUAUUAGUGUAAUAUGUACAUAACCAUGUAAAUCCCUUCGACUGUCUUUUAACGCACAAAUAAAACAUACGUUAUACUUCUG